AUGUUUGUUCGCAAUGCUGCAGUUUGGGCUGUGGCUCUAAGUGUUACUGUCUCGACGGUUUUGAGCGAGAGCGCUGUUAGUGAAAAGGUCGCGAGAGCUGAAGGAGACGAUAGCAUAGCAAACCAUUUUUUGUUUUCCACAAACCCCAAUGACUCCAAUGGCCAUUCUAUAGCCGAUCUCUUUGAUUCGGAUGGGGAUGAGGAUGAUGACUCGAUCUCUGACUUUAUUUCGCAAUUACUUGGGGGGAACGGUGGAAAUCUCGGCUCGGGAGGUGGUCCUGGCAAUAAUAAUCCUGGGAAUAACAAUCCAGGAGGGAACAACAAUCCAGGGAACAACAAUCCAGGGAACAACAAUCCAGGAGGCAACAAUAACCCUAGAGGCAAUAAUAACCCUAGUGGGAAUAACAACCCCGGAGGCAAUAAUAAUCCAGGAGGGAACAACAAUCCAGGAGGGAACAAUAAUCCAGGAGGGAACAAUAAUCCAGGAGGUAAUAACAAUCCAGGAGGCAAUAACAAUCCAGGAGGCCCAGGUGGCAAUACUCCUGGCAACCCCGGAAGCGGAGGGUCGAAUGGAUUCCCCAACUUCCCCGGCUUCCCUGGCUUUGGAAAUGGCGGAGGCUUAGGAAACAAUGGAGGUGGUGGGAAUGGAGGUUCAAAUGGAUUUCCAAACUUUCCUGGCUUCCCUGGCCUUGGAAACGGUGGUGGUUCAAAUAACAACCCAGGAAACAAUAAUCCAGGAAACAAUGGGGGUAAUGGAGGUGUAAAAAAUGGACAAUGGUCUCCCUAUACUCCACUUAUCCUAUUUCUACGAGGCGAAGGAGCCAAUGCAGCGUAUAUUUCCCAAAUUUUAAACAGGUUGGAUGCUGCCGCCCUUGCCGCCUUUCUACGUAGAGCUGGAUUUGCUUCUCUCGCCGAGUUUCAACAGGAGGCUGCUGCAGGUCUAAUCUCAAUUGGCGACUUCCUAACCUUUUUAGAUGCACUCUCACGCUAUUGGUUCUUACAACUGUUGGGCUUUCCGUUCAUUAUUGGCUUUCCGUUCCCACCUGUAUCUCCAAGUGCAACUAGUUCUCUAACUACAGUAAUCCCAACUACGAGCGUUGGUAUUAUUGGAGGUAUUACGACUACUACUACUACCACUACUAGUACGAUACCUACGUCAUUCAUUCUUCCUAGCCCUUCAACCUCCUCCACUCGAACUUCCUCCACCCGAGCCAUUAUUGGCGGACCUUCGACCUCAUCAUCUUCCUCGACCAGAGCUAUUGCUGGUCCUUCAACUUCUUCUACCAGAAGUAUUGUAGGAGGUAGUACUUCAAGUACAGUAUCAUCUACCUCCACAAACUUGAUAGCAACUUUCAGAACAUCCACCACUAGCUCUUCAACCAGCGCACUUGGAGCAGGUAGUUCAUCACCGACCUCUUCGCGUGGUUCUACUCAAGGACUUGGAUCACCAUCUGGCUCCAGUUCCUCAUCAAAACGAGUGGAUGCCUUGUCCACAAGUUCUUCGCUCCGUUCCAGUACUAGCUCCUCGCCAUCUUCAUCCCGCACUUCUGCCUCGGCCAUCGGCCUUGAGGCUAGCUCUACUACAUCUCGGUCAUCAUCCUCGUCUUCUCAAAGUACCUCAGCCGUAGGCAUUGUGGCAAGCUCCACCUCGACUAGGACAUCAUCUUCCUCUUCCUCUUCUCGUAGCUCUACUUCAGCCGUAGGCCUGGGCGCAAGUUCUACUUCAUCUCAGUCAUCUACCUCAAGUAGUAUUUCUUCAACCCUUUUGGCUGUCGUUAGCUCCAGUACUAGCCGGUCGUCUUCUUCCAGUUCACGCACCUCGUCUUCUACCCAAUUGGGCCUUGGUGCUACUACUAGUACCUCAAGAUCCACCACCCUUUUCUCGUCCUCCACAACUUCAUCCACCAGCUCCAUUCGCCCAACUACGAGUGUCGCCUCUGGUUUAUUAGUAUCACCCAAUGGAAGAUGUGGACCUCAAUCUGAUUCCUUAUACACGUGCCAAGGAAGUCCUAAUGGGAAUUGUUGUUCGAGAUUUGGAUUCUGUGGCCGUGAAGCUGAAUGGUGCACGGGGGGUUGCAACCCUGCUUUUGGAACCUGUGGGCUGGGGCAGUACCAAGGAUCAGCAACUUCGAGGAGUUCAACAGCUGUGGGCCUUGUUGGAACUUCUAGUUCUACUUCUAGAUCAUCAUCUAACUCUAGAUCUUCCUCGUCAUCCCCUGUUGGCCAAGGAUUGAGCACCAGUUCUACAAGAGCAGCCACACUAAGCACCAGUUCAAUUGCACAGCUUAUCGGAGCAUCCAGUUUACUUCUAGAUCUUCUUCGUCCACCGCUGUGGGCCAGGAAUUAAGUACUAGUUCAACACGAGCAAAUACUUCAACCUCUGUUUCUACAGCACAGCUUGUGGCCGGAACGUCCAUUUCUACUUCCAGCUCAACCAGAGCACCUACUUUAAGUACCAGCUCGACAGCACAACUUGUUGGUACUUCCAGUUCCACUUCUAGAUCUUUGUCAACAUCCGCUGCGGGUCAAGGAUUGAGCACUAGCUCAACAAGAGUAUCCACCUCAUCAUCUAGCACAAGACCAAUUGCCGCCACGAUUAGCACAAGCUCAACACGCUCAUCCACAGCUUUCGCAGCUACCGCCAGCGCUUGUAGACCGGUCCCAGCCCCGCCUAAUACCCUCGCAUCAACCGCAGCCGACUGCUGUCAAUACUACACCACCAGACCCGGUGACAAAUGUGCCAGCAUUGCCGCUCGUCCUGGCAUUCCCGGCUUGAAUGUAGUUGUUCUAGCUCUUCUCAACCCAAGCUUGAGAUGUAUGGGACAAGGACCUCAAGUUGGUGUCAACAUAUGUGUUCUAAAUAUCCCAUUAUCCCUCGUAUCCAACAUAGUAUCACCAGGUGAUUCCCCAUCCGUAACUUCUUCGACUAUCGCAACUCCAAGCCCAUCUCAGACAGUGCCUUCAAGCUUCUUUAUCCAGGCUCAAAAUUCUGGAACCUUAGCUGAUGGCACGAGUCUUAUGAUUCAACAAGCUGCGGAAUAUUUUGCUGGCUUUAAUUUGCCUUAUGGUCAAUCAGUUUUCCCAUUCACGUAUGAUCCUGCUACCGGAUACUUGACAUCGGGUCUAUAUAUCCUAUGGGCUACAGCAUCGUAUUCGCCUCCAUCCAUUAAGGUUGCUCCAGUUGGUUUUACAGGAUGUGUAGUUCCUGCUUGGCCUUUGGUUUGUAGCAUAGAUGGCAAUUUGAAGGUGGCGUGUACGGCUAAUGGCAAUGUUUAUGAGAAAUUUUACCUCAUAAAUGCAAACAAUGACGGACAAACCGAACUCGCUAUUGGAAAUGGCGCAACGACAAGUUCACUCAUUGUUGCGCCAGUUGAUCUUUACAUUAUUGCUAAUGAGGAGGAGGAAUAG